AUGGGUGACAAGGGAAUGGGAAACUACUCAGAUGUAACUGACUUCAUUCUUGCAGGGUUUAGGGUUGGUCCAGAAUAUAAUGUCCUCCUCUUCUUCCUGUUCCUGAUAAUUUACAUCAUGAUCCUUUUGGGGAACAUUAGUAUGAUGUCAAUCAUAGUCACUGACUCCCAGCUGAACACACCAAUGUAUUUCUUUCUAGGCAAUCUCUCCUUCAUUGACCUCUUCUACUCAACUGUUAUUGCACCAAAAGCCAUGGCCUGCUUCCUGUCUGAGAAAAAGAUUAUCUCCUUUGCAGGUUGUGUUUUCCAGGGCUUCCUUUUUGCACUUUUCAUUAUAACAGAGGGGUUUGUCCUGGCAGCCAUGGCCUAUGACCGCUUCAUUGCCAUCUGCAAUCCUCUUCUUUAUAAUAUCCACAUGACAAGACGCUUUUGCAGUCAUCUGGUUGCUGGUUCCUAUUUCUUUGGCUGGAUUAGUUCCACCCUCCAAGUCAGUGUAACAUUCUCAAUAUCUUUCUGUGCAUCCCGAGUGAUUAAUCACUUCUUCUGUGAUGCUUAUGAAAUUGAGAAAAUUUCCUGUUCUGAUCUCUAUAUCAAUAAGGUAGUAUCUCUUACUUUAGCUGCCAUUAUAAUUUUACCCACGGUCGUGAUUAUUAUAAUAUCUUACAUAUAUAUUGUGUCUACAGUCUUGAAGAUUCCCUCUAGAGAAGGGAAGAGGAAAGCCUUCUCCACUUGCAGCUCUCAUCUAGGGGUUAUAAGUGUGCUCUAUGGAACUGUUUCCUUUGUGUAUCUCACACCGCCAAGUAACCCUGAACUUCGUAAAGUGGCUUCAGUAUUUUACAUAUUGGUCACACCCAUGCUAAAUCCUCUAAUCUACUCUUUAAGAAACAAGGAAGUCAAACAAGCUUUGAGAAAAAUCCUGUGCAAGAAGAAAGCUUUAUCCUAA